AUGCCUUCUAAACGUCUUUAUGGAUUUCUUCUUGUAUUAAUCCUCUCCCUUUUUUGCCUCCACUUAUCACUAGGCCAAGAAGACAAUUCUGGAGCUUUAUCCCUCAAGCUGGUUUAUAACGGAAAUGAAGUGGAUACUAGUGGAAUUAAGCAAUUAUUUAGUGACGGAAAAGACGAUUUAAAAUUAAUAUCAACUGUACCCUCAGUCAUUAAAAAUCAAAUUCCAAACGAUUUAAAAUCUGCAAUGGAAACCGAAACCCUUGGAGAUUUAAAAAAAGAAAUUUUACCAAUAAAGGAGUCCAAAACUUUAAAUGAAGCAAAAGAAAAAUGGGAAAAAGAGGCCCCUAAAACAAUAGAAGUGGUUAACAAAACAAUUAAUUGGGUUUAUUCAACAAUAGAAAAAAUAAAAAAUUUGUUGGAUAAACAAGACAAAGAUUUUGUUGAACAAGUAAAAUUAAAGUUUAAAUUAAAUUUAAAAAUUUUACAAUUGUAA